ACUAAUAAGAGGAGGGGUUUCGUAUGCAAACGAGACAAACCUGUUGAAGAUUACUCCCAGUACCUGCGGAAGCUCAGCGCUCAAAUCUACAUCUGUCGUGCCAGACGCAUCUUCUGAUAAUACCUUUUAAAAAAAGCUUUACCCAACAGACAGCACCAUGGUGAACCACCCUGAAUUUGAGAAGGCAGGAAAGCAGCCAGGCCUGCAGGUGUGGAGGAUUGAGAACAUGGAUUUGGUGCCUGUCCCUAAGAAUCUUCAUGGUGGCUUCUACACGGGUGAUACUUACCUAAUCCUCAACACCAUAAAGCAAAACUCUGGAAAUGUACAAUAUGACCUUCACUUCUGGAUAGGUGAUGCGUGCUCGGUGGAUGAGAGCGGGGCAGCUGCUAUCUUCACCGUCCAAAUGGAUGAUUUCCUUGGAGGAAAACCCAUCCAGUACAGAGAAGUACAGGGAUACGAGUCAAAAACCUUUGUAGGCUACUUCAAAUCAGGCCUUAAAUACAUGCAAGGUGGAGUUGCCUCCGGAUUCAAACAUGUAGCUUCUGGUGAAGUCAAUGUGAUGCGAGUUCUCCAUGUGAGUGGUAGACGUGUGGUCCGAGCCACUGAGGUACCUGUGAGUUGGGACAGCUUCAACCAGGGUGAUUGCUUCAUCCUAGACUUUGAACAGGAGAUAUACCAGUGGUGUGGGUCCAAGUGCAACCAAUUUGAGAGACUGAAGGCCACCAGUGUUUCUAAAGACAUUCGUGAUAAUGAACGAUGUGGGAGAGCAAAACUUUUUGUAUGUGAAGAAGGGUCAGAAAAUGAGAAGAUACUAAAGAUUCUUGGACCAAAGCCAGAUCUUCCUGAUGCACAGACUGAAGACACCAAGACUGAUGCAUCCAACAGAAAGUCUGCAAAACUGUACAAGGUGUCAAAUGCCAGUGGGAGUAUGUCUGUUACUUUGGUGGCUGAGGAAAACCCCUUUUCCCAGAGUGCACUGGAGUCCACUGACUGCUUCAUCUUGGACCAUGGUUCCAAUGGCAAGAUAUUUGUCUGGAAAGGUAAAGAGGCUAAUAAAGAAGAGAGGAGUGCAGGCAUGAAAGCUGCUGAGGACUUCAUCAGUAAAAUGGGCUAUCCCAAACAAACUGAGGUCCAGAUCAUCCCUGAGAAUGGAGAGACUCCUCUCUUCAAACAAUUCUUCAAGUUUUGGCGUGAUACAGACCAGACAAAGGGAAUGGGACAGGCUUAUGUGCCUAACAAAAUUGCCAAGAUCAAGAAAGUGCCUUUUGAUGCGUCAUCUUUGCACAAAUCAGACGCAAUGGCUGCUCAGCAUGGCAUGGUAGAUGAUGGCAAGGGAGAGAAAAAGAUCUGGCGCAUUGAAGGAUCAGAUAAGAAACCAGUUGACCCAUCCAUUUAUGGGCAGUUCUUUGGAGGAGACAGUUAUAUCAUUCUCUACAGCUACAAGCAUGGGGGACGUCAGGGACAGAUAAUAUAUAUAUGGCAGGGGGAAGAGUCCAGUCAAGAUGAAAAAGGAGCUUCUGCCAUUUUGGCUGCCGAGCUCGAUUCCGAGCUGGGUGGGAGUCCUGUCCAGGUGCAAGUAAUUGAAGGCAAAGAGCCUCCUCAUCUUAUGAGUAUCUUUGGAGGGCAGCCAAUGGUGGUGCACAAGGGUGGCACUUCACGAGAUGGUGGCCAGUCAAAGGCUUCUGCACUCCGCCUUUUCCAAGUUCGUGCCAAUCCUGCUGGGCACACACGAGCUGUUGAGGUUGAUCCCGUAGCCUCCAGCCUCAAUUCCAAUGAUGCUUUUGUUCUGGUGACUGCUUCAGGCUCUAUGCUGUGGCUGGGACAUGGUGCAAGUAGUGCAGAAAAAAAUGGAGCCAAAAAGCUUGGCAACAUUUUAGGAGUGGACCUUUCAGAGAUAUCAGAAGGAGCAGAGGGAGAUGGUUUCUGGAGUGCUCUUGGAGGAAAAGCAGAGUAUCGCACCUCUGAAAGGCUCAAGAGCAAAAUGGACAGCCAUCCUCCUAGGCUUUUUGCAUGCUCUAACAAAACGGGACAAUUCCUUAUCGAAGAGGUGCCAGGAGAGAUGAUUCAAGAGGACCUGGCUCCAGAUGAUGUCAUGAUUCUAGACACAUGGGAUCAGGUUUUUGUUUGGAUCGGAAAUGAAGCUAAUGAAGAUGAAAAAAGUCAAGCUGUGACUUCAGCUGCCAAAUAUAUUGAAUCAGACCCUGCCAGCAGGGACAAGAGAACUCCCAUUGUUACAGUAAAGCAGGGUUUUGAACCCCCCACCUUUACAGGAUGGUUCCUGGGAUGGGACCAUGAUUUCUGGAGUUCUAACCCAUUGGAACGGGCCAUGGCUGGUUUGACAAUGUAAUCUGAGGACUUGUAGUGCUGAAAGUUGUUUGUUUGAUCAUGUUUCAAGCUGACUCUCUAAACAAUUAACGUUUCUCAACUCAUUUACCAACCAUUGUUUACCUCACUCAUUCUUGUUUUACCUUCAUAUGGGAAAGUGAAAAAUGUCCAUGUUUACAAGACCUUAAAAGCAUAGUACAAAUUCUGUUUAUUCAAUUCAUCAAAAUAAACAGAAUAACAAAAUAAAGGCACAUUAUCUUACA